GAGAGAGAGAGAGAGAGAGAGAGAGAGAGAGAUGCGCGCACGUAGGGAAAACACAAGGAGCUUUAAAAUACGUUUGAUCUUUUGCCAUUGUAGUACUUUACACGCGCGCGCGCGCACACACACACACACACACACACAGGUGAGAGUGAAGCGGAGAAGUGGGAGGGUGUGUGUGUGUGUGUGUGUGUGUUGAACUGGUAGAUCGGCUCACACUCACAUCACAUCACAUCCACUCCCGACUGCAGAGUGACCCGCGGAGGUGAGUGACUUUACCCGACUCCCGUGAUGCGUGCUGCUUUCCACGAUGAGCAUCAAUAGACGCAACGACACGACAACUACGCAGCUUGCUGUUUCUAACUGCUACGUUCAGUCACGCCAGAGUAAACGUGCUCAUCUAAUAACACUGAUUUCAUCGUGUUUCUCUCGUGCGCGCUUGAACCGUUCUCAUGCGCGUCCACGUCCGUAUCCUCUAUACUUUUUUUAUGUAGUGCAUCAGAAAAGUCUGUUCUGUUAAUGUUUCUGCCGUUGCCUGGAUAUGGAGUUAUGACUCUGCAGUUGUCAUGUAUAGUCAGGUUUGUUUACGCUUUUUUGCUCUAUAGCUGCAGGGAGACUCAGUACAGCCCUGUAAAAAGAUUUAGUGGGCUACCUGAUGAGGUAAGGGCUCAGUUAACCGGUUUUAUUUCAAUCAGAUUGAGGGCUGAAUAUGAAUGAAACUAAGUGCAGUACUGCUCAACUAUAUAGCCUUGUUAUGCAAUUAAUAAUUGACCAUAAUAGUGCCAUUUUAACUCCAGUUGUUGUUGCAUUAGUCUGCAUUUUGUGUAAAUGUCAGUGUAAAUGUUUGGCUUGUUGCUGACACGGGUUUUGCGCCUUCAUACAUGUGCUGCACUUGUAGAUGCAGACGUUGCACGAGUUGAAGACUGGCCUUUAAUUGCCCUUGAGCUUUGUUUCAACAGUUAUCACACACUUAAACACGGGUCGUUCCAUCCCAGCACUCUCUACAAAGGUCACACGGUCCCUGACGUGAUUCCAGCUGCGUGGAAAUAAACUACCUGCAAAUGUAAAAUUACCACAGCAUUCGCUAAAAGACGCUCUCGGUAGUUGGGUUUCCAUCCAAAGUUGAGAAUUUAAAUAGUGCUAAUAUCGCGUAAAACAUUUGCGAACACGCACCGUUCCCGUCCAACGAGCCAAAGAGACAUGCACGGGAUAAAAAAGCACUGAAUUGAAUGAUUUUUACAUGUGAUAACUAACUUGAGCAGGCAGAUGAAAUAAAUGCAGUCAUUGGUUUCAAGGAUGAAUGCAUUGCUGUGAUUUGGGAGUUCAGGCAUGAAACCAUCUCGAAUAAGCUUGUAAAGGUAUUUUUAUUCAAAAUGUGGCAUUUCUAUCGCUCCUUCCUGAUAGUUUCAUCACGGCAUGCGUUUUCAUGUUUUCAGAAGGGCAGCCUGUAUCGGUGAUGUUUAUUUUGUUUCGCGUGAUAAAGUUGUUAUCAGCAGUAGCAGACGACGGCCCUAAAAAUAAAUAAUGCAGUGCACGAGGGAUGCCGCAGAGUUACUCAUUCGUGUCGUAUAUAUUCACAUGCCAUGGUUUGAUGUGUUUGUUGUGCUGUCAGUAUGAAAGGAAGCCUCACCCUGUUGUCUUCCCCAGCAGCUCGUAGCACGGCUGUGUCGUUCCUCCGCAUGGAUAUGAAGAACAUGAGAGAGUAUGUGGGCUGGCUGUACUAUCAGUACCUGCUGGUCACAGGCAUCUAUGUGCUGGAGCCGUGGGAACAGUCCAUCUUCAACUCGAUCCUCUUUACUAUGGUGGCCAUGGUCAUUUACACCUCCUAUGUGUUUGUUCCCAUUCACGUGCAGCUGGCGCUGGAGUUCUUCUCCGAGCUGGUCCGAGGCCAACCGGAGAGCACAGUGGCCCUCAUGAACUAGCGGCGGAGGAAAUGUGAUUACUGGCUUGAAAACUUGUUUAUUUUCUACUCAGGAUCAAACAAGCCAUGUCUAAGCCCUUCAAGUCUUCCACGUUCGCCUGGAUUGCGUAUGCAAAGAUUCGGAUGGAUUCCAACCGGAGGCUUUGCAUGAUAUCACCCAUCACUUGUGGACUCUGCCUUGCGGUUAACGUCCUCGUCAUCACUGGUGGACAAUAAGAAGAUCGUGAUUCUGACUCCAUAUUAGGGGUCCACGAUCAGACUGAGAUAUUGCUUGCCCCAGUGCAAAUUAAAAGUAGUUUUUGCAUACUGAAUUUUUAUAUUCUGGAACUUUUGUAAUCGCCUAUGCAAUGUGAAUGCUCUACAUGUUUAUAUUUAAAGAGAUUUCUGCACUUGUCUGUAAAUCAAUAGGCUGGUGGUGGUGGGACUGUCUUCCAUCAUGUCUUCAGUCGCUGCUGCUGCUGAUGGAAAUGCAUGCACACAAAUGUUCGCGUGGAAUCUGUGCGCUGCAGGCCCGGAGCAAGCAUCAUUCACAAAAUUAUAAGCACUUUAACAUUUAUUAAACAUCUGUGGUUGAUGUUCCAGCCACUAAAAGAAUGUAGUUGUCACCGCUCAGCUGACCACACAUGUACAUCAAGUAGAUUUCCUUUGGCCUUAUGGAAUGAUGACUGGAGUUACCAAAAGAUUUCUUUCCUAAUUUGUCUGAUUUCACGUGCUUUAAAAGAUAUUUGUGUAUUUUAACUGUCUGUUCGAUGUGAUCAACGGCAAGCAGUGUAGAGUGCCACUUUUCCUGUGCAUAAUAUGUGUAUAAUGUAUUUUUAAUAAAUAAUUAAA